AUGAAGGUCAUCCUGCAGCGCGUGCUGUCGGCGUCCGUGACGGUGGACAAGGAGAUGAUCUCGUCCAUCGGCAAGGGCGUCCUAGCCUUUGCUGCCGUGGCCCCCGGGGACACGGAGAAGGAGGCCGACCUGAUGGCGGCUAAGGUGCUCCGGAUGAAGCUCUGGGACGACGACGAGGGAGGCAAGUUUACUCUGCUGGCCAGCACCAAGAAGGGCGCCAAGCCCGAUUUCCACGGCGCGGCCAACCCGGAGGAGGCGCGACGGCUCUACCACUACUUUGUGCAAAAGGUGAGAGCCGGGUACCAGGAGGAGAGGGUCAAGGACGGACAGUUCCAGGCCAUGAUGGAGGUGGCUCUCGUCAACGACGGACCGGUUACUCUUGAGCUGAAGAAUGGCGCCAAGACUGAUUAA